GAUGCUCCAGCAAAAUGCUUCUGGCGUGCGCCUGAGAAAAGCCGAAUAUUGAAUCUGAGCACCAAACAGCAAUAUCUGCUUUAAAAACAGGAAACAAGCAUGGCGUCAAAGUGUCCAAAAUGCGAGAAAACAGUCUAUUUUGCUGAAAAGGUGACCUCUCUGGGGAAGGACUGGCACAAAUUUUGCCUGAAGUGUGAACGCUGCAGCAAAACCCUGACAGCAGGAGGCCACGCUGAGCAUGGUGGGAAACCCUUUUGUCACAAGCCCUGCUAUGCUGCCCUCUUUGGGCCAAAAGGUGUUAACAUUGGGGGUGCAGGCUCUUAUGUGUAUGAGGCACCCAUAAACAAAGACCCAGCCCCGGUUACUGUGGACUCUGCACCCAAACCUGAAGAGAAGCGGUUCCCAGCACCCAGCAGACCUCCUUCUAAAGCUGGAAGCAUCACCACCUUUUCUGGGGAGGCAAACAUGUGCCCCAAGUGUAAUAAGAGGGUCUACUUUGCUGAGAAGGUGACGUCUCUGGGGAAGGACUGGCAUCGGCCAUGCCUGCGCUGUGAGAGGUGCAGCAAGACCCUGGCUCCAGGGAGUCAUGCAGAGCAUGAUGGCCAGCCUUACUGCCAUAAACCAUGCUACGCUGUCCUGUUCGGGCCAAAAGGAGUGAACACGGGUGGUGUCGGCAGCUACAUUUACGACAAGGAGGUCAACCCAGAGGCCCAGCCAUGAGCUGGCGACUUCAAAAUGUCCCUGCACUAGAGUCACACAUUACCACUACAGACACAGCCACUACAUUAGCUCAUACAGGCUCUCUCUCACACACACUCCCUACCACAUUCCUCAGCCUCCAGCCACACCGAUUGAGAGCAGUGCCAACAUGGACAUCUAUGGAAACCUGAUGCCACAUUCAAUGACCCUUCACUGAUGGGUGUGUAAUGGCUUCAUCCUUUUAUAUGCAUAGAUGCUGUUAGUCUGACCUCACUGUUCUGGAUAUUCCUUAUGGAGUAUGGAAAUCUAUUUAAAAGUUUUACAAAUAGAUCUUAUGUAUGUUCUCCAACCCAUUAUUAUUAUGUUGUACCAUGCUCUUCCACAAUAGGGUGCUAGUUACAAUGUCAGUCAUACAGCACUGUAGGAAAAAUAUCUAUGGUGGUUUUCCAGCUGAAUAUAAUGAAAUGUGUUUAAAAAAAAAAAAAAAAAAAAAAGUUCUGAAAAUGUUUUAUGUAUAAAGGAUUUGGGUUUUUUAAUACCUUGCUGACAGGCAUAUUGGUCUCACUUCUCGAACCUCUUUGCCCAGGUGCAGCGCUGCAGUACUAAAUCUACAAUAAAUAAGUCUACCAUAAAUCUACCAGAUAUUCACCAACCCAGAUUUACACUUUGGCUGCCUCACAGCAUUUCUAACUCAACAAAGAUGUGUAUGAAAUCUACAGACAGUCAAAUACAGGGUCAAAUCUUAUUUUUAUGAGAGAAACCAAACUUUUCUCCUGGUGGUUGUGAGGUAGAAGGGUGUUGUGUGGCUUUAUGAUGGAUCCCUGAUGAUCAAGUAGCUGAGACUAGUACUUGUAGUGACUGACCAUUUUAUGUCCAACAAGUGAAAUGUAUCAAUUUCUUUAAUGUAUUACACCAAUGUGGUCUGAACGUUGAAAAAUAAUUUGCAUGAAAACACAUUGGCAGUCAAUUAGCUAAUAGGAAGCUUUAAGUUAAACUUUAAUGACAAUGCAUUCUUACGGAAUGUGCUUUAGGACUGUUAUUGACUGUAUAAUUUCUUUUUAGUAGGUUCUAUGUUCCAAGUCCUGCUGCUUCUGUGUUCUUAAUAAAUUUGUAUACAACCUUU